GUGUAAGUAUAUUGUGAAGACCAAGUUGGUAAAACAAUCGUGGGUGUGGUGUAGAGACGCUAAGAGAUAAUAGGAAACUGAAAAUGACAAACUCCGAGGAGCCCAGCGCUCCUGAUGGUAUUUCCUCCAUGAAAGUUUCCGAAACCUUUGGAACCCAACAUAAUCAACUUCACCAUCAUCACAACAACUUUGGCAAUUAUGCAAAUGGGGAUUUGAAGGGGAGCAAUAGCAGUGGUAAUAGUAGUAGUAAUGGAACAACAACACAAGCGUGCGCCCUGGCACCUCCUCCAGUGUGUGGUACUAAUAAUGGUGCGGCGGCUUAUGCCUCAUCCUCAUCCUCCAGUUCUUCAAGCAGUAACAACCACCAUGAACAACCAGAUAAUUGCAAUCAUUACCAUCAUCAACACCAUCAUCUUGUAGCAAAUUCAAAUUCAGAUCCUCCACCCCCUCUGAUUACCGUCGCCCCUGCGACAAGUCAACUACCCGCGUUGCCCUUUGCAUUGAUUUGUGGUGAAGAAUUGGAAUACAAGACUGAAGUAUCGGAUGGGAACUUGGUAUUGACCAAUUAUCGACUCUUCCUUCAAACGAAGGAGGCCACAUACAACCUGCCCCUUGGACUCCUGGAAGGUGUUGAGUGUCGCGAUAUCUUUUUCCUCCACAUCAACUGUAAAGAUGCGAGGUGUGUUCGAUGUACUUUUCCAAAUAAUGAAGCUACCCUAGAUAUGCUGAAGCGAAUUCAGUCCGCCAUUUCGCCCACGAAAAAGGUCGACGACAACUUUUCUUUCACCUUUUACAAGAAGACGAAGGAGGGUGUGUCGGAGGAAGUGAAGUCACACCUGGGCUGGGACCUGCCUGAAUUUCCUUCCCCAAAGGAAAGAUUUGAUGCGGAAGUGAAGCGGAUGGAGUUUAAUGUUCAGGGACCUUGGAGGGUCUCUGACGAGAAUAAAGACUACGAGCUAUGCAACUCGUACCCAACACACAUUAUCGUUCCUUGCGUCAUGGAUAAGAAAAAGUUGGAACAAGUUGCUUGCUUUCGAAGUCAAGGUCGAAUUCCAGCCGUGGUCUGGAGACACAAGGGAAACGGAGCUGUGAUAAGUCGCUGCAGUCAACCUGAAGUUGGAUGGUUUGGAUGGAGAUCGAACGAGGAUGAGGAAUUAGUUCAAAACAUUGUGCUUGCCUGUGCCGACAACGGAAGGGUUGUCCCUUCAGAGUCCCAACAACUAAAAAAUGAGCCAAAGACUUCUUCCCCUGUAUUUGACAAUUCUUAUGGUGGUGAAUAUUCUUCCUCUUCUGAGGGACCUCCAUCCCCUGGAUCCAAUGGAUGUAAUUCCCUGUCCUCCAUGGAGGUUGUACCUGAACCACCAAACAUCAAGAAACUUUUAAUCCUGGAUGCCAGAUCAUAUUCCACAGCCGUAGUUAACCGUGCCAGAGGUGGAGGUUGCGAAUGUCUGGAGUAUUAUACAAACUGUGAGAUACAGUUUAUGAAUUUGGCCAAUAUACAUUCCAUACGAAAGAGCUUUAUCAACGUCCGUCAACUAUGCUCUGGUACAACAACCGACCAAGUUAAUAACAAUUGGUUCAGUCAACUUGAAAGCUGCAAAUGGUUGCAACACAUGUCGGGACUGAUGAAGGCUGCUGUGACCGUUGGGACUGCGAUUGAGCAUGAAGCCCGACCUGUAAUGGUUCAUUGCUCUGAUGGGUGGGAUAGAACUCCCCAAAUCGUGGCUUUGGCCGAGAUCUUACUUGAUCCUUAUUAUCGAAGUUUGGAGGGAUUUCAAGUAUUGAUAGAGAGAGAGUGGCUGGAUUUUGGACACAAGUUUGCCGAUCGUUGUGGACAGGGUGUUGGUUCGGAAGAUGCGAACGAAAGAUGUCCAGUUUUCUUGCAAUGGCUGGACUGUUUGCAUCAACUGAUUAAUCAGUUUCCAACCGCUUUUGAAUUUAAUUUGACAUUCUUGAUUAAACUUGCUCAGCACACUUAUUCCAACCUUUUUGGGACAUUCCUUUGUAACACAGCGAAGGAACGGCUUGCUUUGAACGUGUAUUCGUCAACACAUUCAAUUUGGCGAUUCCUGCGUGCACCGGCUAACUACGGCCAAUUUCGCAAUCACCUGUAUAGUAAUUGUGAUCAGGUAUUAUGGCCUAGUUGUGAAGUUCGAGAGCUGAAGUUAUGGACACAAGUCUAUUUAGGUUUCGAUAAUUCCACUCCAGUUCUAACAGAAGUCAUAAAUCCCAGUCAAGAAUCCUCUCCAGCUCCGUCGGUAGCUGAAAGUGAGACGUCGGAUACAGUUUCCAACUACAAGUUAGAUCAGUCAAAAGGACGCUCGUCAUCGUGUGAAAAUUUACAUUUUCCGCACGCUGGGACCCUGCAGCGUCGGAAUAGUGAUCCUAGUUUAUCGGAUAGUGUUUUAGAUAUCGAUUCGACUGAGGAAGUAGAAAUUCGCUGUCUUCCUCAAACCGAGAAAAUGUUAACCGCCGCUUCCAGAGAUAUCGAUAGAAAUCGAACUGCCAGUACUAAUAGCGACUCUAACGCUUCUUCAGUAUCAAAAGAGAUGACAACGUUCGCAAUUGCCGACACGGAAGACUUUUCAGAAAAUGAAGAUACAGAAACAAAUUCAGAGGAAAAGUCAGAGUCAACCGUCGUCAACUUGAAAUAUUUAAAGUCCAUUGAAAGUUCCACGGAUACACUCGUCGCAGAAAUGGGUGUGACCCACGAGUCCUCGGUUGGGAUUGGGAUUCAAAGAUUUGUAAUGGAUGUUAACAAUAAGACUGAACGAGAUGUACUGGAUAGCGUCCGGGCAGAUAUUUUACGAAAGACUGAAGCUGAACGACUUCUAGAUAACACCAACCAUGAGAAGGAAAUUGAAGAAACUACGGCAAAACUCCGAUAUUUGUGUGAUACAUCAUCAUUGCUAUACACUGACAAAUCUGGGAUUAAGGAUUUGGUCCAACCAGGUUCUGAUUUGGACCAAAUCAUUGGAAACCAGCAAUGCGAAGUUUGCGCAACCAGUAGGAAACUUUUAUCCGACGAUGUACCUACUACUAAUCCGAACGGAGUUGUAUCGAACGGAUCUAUUACCACCUUGAACGGUACAAUUGCAAAUAACACCACCACUACUACCACUAACAACCUGGCCAGUGUUCAGACAACUCUUCAGACGUCUUCCUCAAUAAAUUCUCUUGGAAAUAAUGCGAGUAAUGGGAGUAAAUAUUCCAGCCAUAACACCCCCUUACAUUCAAGAACUCCUUCCACUGGGAUUCCUGUUCCCCCAGAGGAAUCUUACUUUUUCGGGAAACCCGUAGCUGGAGAAAGAUUUAUUAAUCAUCAUUAUCAUCAUCAGUAUCAUCAUUUUGACAUCCCGUCGACACGAUUGGGAACACAUGAUGUAGAUGGACUAGAACCUCUUCAUGACCAAGUCCAAAGUAGACUGCAUACAAUUAUUACUGGAUACAGGGGCAAGAUUGACAUUCUCCAGAGAGAGUUGCAAAUGUACCGCGAUGCGUUAAAGAAACAAGUGUGUCAUCAGUGUACUCAUCAUAUGGUGGACAGACAAGACGAUGUUAUUUCGGUAGUGGAUUCCUUAUGCAGUGUUGAACAUCAAUCUGUCGGACAUGAGUCACAUUCCUCAUGGGAAGCAGUGGACGAACGGGACACUCGGCCCCCACUUUGGUUACCAGACUAUGCUGUCACAAGAUGCAUGGGUUGUGAAGCUACGUUUUGGUUGGGAAAGCGUAAACAUCACUGCAGGUCGUGCGGAAAAAUAUUUUGCGCAGAUUGUUCAGAACACGCCAUCACAAUUCCAAGUGAACAAUUGUUCACUCCAGUCCGAGUUUGUUCUACUUGUUUCUACCAAUUAAGCAGCCUUAAUCACGGUAUGAGCAGUUCGUCACCAGCAUCAUCAUCAUCCAGUAAUACAAAUCCAGCAUCUGUAAAAUCUAACGGGCACCAUCUGAACGGCAGUUCUUAUCUUCAUGCUAAUCAUCACGCCAGUACUUUUACUAACCAAAAUGGGCUUAAUCAUCACCGUGGGUCAAUGUCUGAGUACACAUUAUCUCCUGAUUCAGUUUCACCAAGCUCUUCCCGUAACUACCGAAGGAUGUCGGACGAGCUCCCACGAAAACAUCAACAACAAUUCCCAGUUUGUAAUGGUAACAGUGGAAAUGGAAUGAAAUUCAAGAGCAAGCAACAAAUUCUUAAUUUGACACCUAACGAAUACCCGCAUGUGGGUAAUGGUAUUGAUGAUUCAAGAGUGUGCGAAUCCAGUAAUGGUCACUUGUCCUAUCAGUAGUUUUUAAAGUAAUUUUCCGUAGUAUUUUAAUGAUGUCGUAAAAAUUGAACGUUGAACGUAUAAAAGAUUUUAUCUAAAACUAUUAUCAGAACUCUGAGAUAUAAUGAUUAACAGAGAAUCAAUAAAGUUACAUUUUCAAUGCAAAAUUAAACCUCAAA